GAUGCAACAACAGAAGCAUCUGAUGUGGAUCCAGACGGAUUAACAGCCAAAUCUUACAAGAGAUUCUGUAAACGAGGGGAGGCGAUCCUGUCUUGGGCCUAGCGUGCUCAACAGCAUUGAAAUGAUCAAUGCCACCAGUGAAUUCUGGGCACGUGAUCUUAGCAGGGAGCCGUCCAAGGCUGCCCUUCAGGGAUACAGUGGAAUAUUUUGCCUAUGGAGCAAACAUGUCAGGGCGCACCCUGCAGAAGAGGGGUGUCCACCCCAUUGCAGUGGAGCCAGCUCAACUGCCAGCAUCCUGGACCCUGGCUUUUGCCCACAGAGGCGGCUACGCAACUCUUAUUGAAGAGCCCCUGAAAUUGGGCAGAAGUGAUCAUGGGCCAGGACGUCUUUAUUACCCCGGCCCUCAUGGAGUACUGUACACUUUGACCUUGACAGAAUUUGAUCAAAUUGCCAGCCGCGAGACUGGCUAUCGCACAAUUAAUCUGGUAGUAGAGACAUCUGUGGGCAAGCAGGUUGCAGCCAGGGCAUUUCAGUCUCAGAAGCUGCUGCGACUCAGGGAAAGUCUGCCUCCCAGGCAGCAGUACCUGGAUCUGAUGCUGCAUGGGGCCAGGGAGCAUGGGCUGUGCGAUGAGUACUGUCGGUGGCUUAGAGCAGUGCCCACAAUAGCUUUGGGGACUCCGCUGGGCCCGGAAUACUUUGAGACAGAGUCUGAGGCCCUAGCCAGGCUCGCAGCGGUGUCGCUGGCAGUUGCAGGCGGUUUCUGGGCUGCCGCGCAUGGCAGCCGCUGAGUCGUGACAAGACAGCUGGCACUGCAUGCCGGGCAGAUUGUGGCAACUCAUGACUGCUGGGCUUGAAGUCGCGCAUGCAAGUGCAUGUUUGCAGCCAGAGAGUGUGCCUCUGCCAAGAUGGAUUGAGGCCUCCCCAUAGGGCCCGGGGUUAGACUUGAACAAUGUUUAUCCAUGUGUGGCAUACAUUCAUGAAGUAGAGCCUUCAUGAGAGCUUGGUCCCUUGACGUCAAGUCGACUUGCAAGUGACUAGAGCCUCGG